AGAGAAAGGGGUAAUGGAUAUGGCAGAGAGGAAAGACGACAGAGCAGAGAAAAACAGCCACAGAGAUUUUUCCAGCUAUAUCAAACCUUAUUGUAUCUCCCUCUUCACUUUUUCCUCUCUGCCACUCAGAUUCAUUAAACCCUUUUCACACUCUUCCUCUCUCUAAAACCAAAUAUUGCAGCUACAAAUCAAACGCUCACCUCCCCCCACAUCCUCAAAACCCCUCACUACACUCCACUCUUUCCCAGACCCCUCCAGAAUUCCUUUGGGGUUUUCUUCCCAACUACUUUCUCUACUGUUUUUUAUUUUUUUUUGACUUCUCUCUCUGAACACCCAUAUGGACAUGAACUUCUCCACCCACUUUGAUCACGACACCUAUCUGCCUCCCGGCUUCCGCUUCCACCCCACCGACGAGGAGCUCAUCACCUACUACCUCCUCAAGAAGGUCCUCGACGGCAGCUUCACUGGCCGCGCCAUUGCUGAAGUCGACCUCAACAAGUGCGAGCCUUGGGAGCUCCCUGACAAGGCAAAGAUGGGCGAGAAAGAGUGGUAUUUUUUCAGCCUGCGCGAUCGGAAAUACCCGACGGGGCUCCGAACCAACAGGGCCACGGAAGCUGGCUACUGGAAAGCAACCGGGAAGGACAGGGAGAUUUACAGCUCUAAGACAUGUGCGCUCGUCGGGAUGAAGAAGACGUUGGUUUUUUACCGCGGCAGAGCCCCCAAGGGUGAAAAGUCCAAUUGGAUCAUGCACGAGUACCGCCUCGAGGGCAGAUUUGCCUACCACUAUCUCUCCAGGAGCACCAAGGACGAGUGGGUCAUUUCCCGGGUUUUUCAGAAAAGCGGGUCGGCUGGCAACGGACUGGGAUCCAAGAAGACCCGGAUCGGCAACGGCUCCACCAGCAGCAUCUCCCUCUACCCAGAACCCAGCUCCCCCUCCUCCGUCUCCCUCCCGGCCCUCCUCGAUUCCUCCCCUUACCAACCCGUCUCCGCCGCUGGCGACGGCUGCUCUUACGACAGUCCAAUCUCAAGGGAGCACGUGUCCUGUUUCUCCACCAACCCCAACAACAACGGCUUCAACUUCUCAGCCUCGCGCUUCGACUUGGCUCGCCCUCCGCCGCCCCAGCCGCAGAGCUUCGGCGGCGUCUCGGCCUUCCCGAGCCUCCGGUCUCUGCAGGAGAAUCUCCAGCUGCCCUUCUUCUUCUCCCCAGUGCCGUCUCAUCCCCCUGUCCACGUCGGCGGCUCUUUUGCUGGCGGCGGAUCCUCUGUCGAUUGCACCGGGAACUGGCCUCCGGCACCUGAGGAAGCCAGGACCGUGGGGCCCACGGAGCUGGAUUGCAUGUGGAAUUACCACAAGACCGAGUGCCUUUGAAAACCCUAGAGGUUCCCACGCGUGCGGGGGCGUUAUAAGACUUUUCGUCUAAAACGAUCGUUGUGCAGUGCAAUUAGCAGUAGUAGGGAUAGUUUCGGUAUUUCAGAUGACUUUAUCAGUAGUUUAUGCUUGUUUUAUGCUAUGAUUAAAACUCUAUGGUGUUGUUUAAUUAACUAAGUAAUUAAUUUGAUGGUAAAUUCAGUAAGUGCUUAUUUACUGUGAUAUGCAGGACGGUAUAUGUGUCUGUAGUAAUUGAUCGGAACAGUGACAGGUGAAUCUGAUUCACCUGCAUCUUGCAUUAUUUAAUUAGAUAUUCUGAUGCGGUUUGCUGUAGCUUUUUCUGAAGAAAAUCUGGGUUUGCUUUAAAUGGUAAUUGCACGUAUUCUUUGUGA